ACCAUUCUACCUCCCACCUAUUUUCAGAGAAAUUCUCAAAAUUCUCAAAACUCUCUAGAUCUGUUUCUGCUUCUUCUUCUUCUCUAUUGUAAUCCAGUUUUCAGAAUUUCAUUUUUCAACAAUGGAAGGAGCAGCAGCAGUACCAAAGGUUGGCAAGGGAGGUAGAAAGGGUGGUGAAAGGAAGAAAGCUGUAACAAAAUCAGUGAAAGCUGGUUUAACUUUCCCAGUUGGAAGAAUGGCUCGUUACUUGAAGAAAGGUCGCUAUGCUGAACGUGUUGGAUCUGGUGCUCCUGUUUAUCUUGCUGCUGUUCUUGAGUAUCUCGCUGCUGAGGUUUUGGAAUUAGCUGGAAAUGCUGCAAAGGAUAACAAGAAGUCAAGGAUCAUCCCAAGGCAUCUGUGUUUGGCUAUAAGGAAUGAUCAAGAGUUGGGGAAAUUACUUGCUGGUGUUACUAUUGCUAGUGGUGGUGUUCUACCAAACAUCAAUGCUGUUUUGUUGCCAAAGAAGGUUGAUAAGGCUGAGAAAUCAUCUGCAACUCCACCUAAAUCUCCAGGGAAAGCUUCUAAGAAGGCUGCAGCAGCUUAAGGGUGGUGGUGACUUCAUUCUCGUAGUAUUAACACGUCUGGGUGGUAGUGGUGGUAGUAUUAUCAGUAGUAGUAGGAGUAUUAAAAGAGUAAGAAAGCAAAAUGUAGUGAAAUCUAUAGUAAGAUUUUCAUUUUCAUCAUAACUAUUAGUAUCUGUAUGGAGGAUUAGAGCAUCUAUCUGUGUAUGUAGCUCGUUAACAGCAUCCUUCUUCCUAAUAUGAAAAAGCAACAUGGUUACAUGUUUUUUGAUGAA